AUGUUCACCUCAAGAGGAGGCUACCUGUUACCCGUCACGACCGAGGUCGGUUACGGUGCUACCGGAACCGAAUCGUCGGUCGGGCAGACUUCGGGCACUCAGCAGCCCCACGGCGGCCGUCAAGCUCGCGCGACGGACCACAUAGGGAAGGCUGAGUGGACGCCGCAGCAGGAACACCUCGUCGCAGCGCGAUGGCAGUACGUAGUCUUGGUGAGCCCACAGACGGCUUUGCAGUUAGGAACUGGGCAAGGUAAGCCAACCUAG